CAGUUGGGUAGCCUUGAUCUUGAUAGUAUGACGUAAUGACUUGCAGGAGCGUAUACAUGCUUCCUCUGAGCUAGCUUAAAGUGGGGUUGUCAUUUUAGCAGGGGCCUCAGGAAAAGUGUAAUAGUGAAAAAACGGUGUGUGGUUACAGACUUUUGUGUGAGGUUUUGAAAGUUAGGUAGGCGACUCUAGGCCGAGAAGCUCAGAAAACUGUUUACUGCCUCCUGAAUAUGCAAAUUUCACUAUGAGUUCUGCUAGAAAAAGACGUAAUACAGGGGGAGACAAGUCAGAUGAGUCUGAGGAGGAUGAUAACUAUGUUCCAUAUGUACCCUUGAAACAGAGGAAAAAAACACAGCUUAAGCAAGCUGAAAAGCGACUGGGUCGUGUGGCAGCUUUGAAAGAGCAGGAGACAGGGUCCACGUCAGAGGGGACAUCGGAAGGAGGGCUGGAGGAAGAAGAUGAUGAGAUUAACCUUGGUCCUAAAUCUAACAUCAGUUUGUUAGAUCAGCAUAGUGACUUGAAACGUAAAGCUGAAGCUCGUAAAGAAACAGCAAGAGAGAAAAUACUGAAAGAAGAAGAAAAGAUUCUGGAAAGUGUUGCUGAAAAGAAAGCAUUGAAGGCAGUAUCAGAAUUGGCCAAAGGAAUUGAAUACACGGAUCCUAUCAAAACUGGGUGGCGUCCACCAAGGUACAUUCUAAAUAAACCUGAAGAGAAACAUGAAAAGAUACGCAAGAAAUAUCACAUUCUGGUGGAGGGGGAAAACAAACCAUCUCCAGUUGAAACCUUCAAGGAGAUGAAAUUUCCUAAAGCAAUUCUACAUGGUCUGAAGAAGAAAGGAAUACAACAUCCUACUCCUAUACAGAUACAAGGCAUUCCAACUGUUUUAUCUGGUCGAGACAUGAUAGGAAUAGCGUUUACAGGUUCAGGGAAAACAUUAGUGUUCACAUUGCCCAUUAUAAUGUUUGUUCUAGAGCAGGAGAAAAGAAUGCCGUUCAUCAGUAAUGAAGGACCAUAUGGUCUAAUUGUUUGUCCAUCGAGAGAGUUGGCUAAACAGACACAUGAGAUUAUCCGAGAGUAUUGUGACCACUUGGAGAGGGAUGGUUUUCCUCCGUUACGAACUGCCCUCUGUAUAGGAGGUAUAGCUGUCAAAGAACAGAUGUCAGUAAUUAGCAGGGGUGUACAUAUAAUGGUCGCUACUCCAGGUCGUCUAAUGGAUAUGUUAGCCAAGAAGAUGAUCACGUUAGAUAUCUGUAGAUACUUGUGUUUAGAUGAGGCUGACAGAAUGAUUGAUAUGGGAUUUGAGGAAGAUGUCCGAACGAUAUUCUCGUAUUUUAAGGGUCAGCGUCAGACACUUUUAUUUUCUGCCACUAUGCCGAAAAAGAUACAGAACUUUGCACGUAGUGCUCUUGUCAAGCCGAUUACGGUGAACGUCGGACGGGCAGGUGCAGCUAGUCUUGACGUUGUACAGGAAGUGGAAUAUGUUAAACAGGAAGCAAAGAUUGUGUAUAUCCUUGAAUGCCUGCAGAAAACAGCACCUCCAGUUUUGGUGUUUGCUGAGAAGAAGCAGGAUGUUGAUGCUAUCCAUGAGUAUCUCUUACUGAAGGGGGUGGAGGCUGUUGCCAUACAUGGUGGGAAAGAUCAGGAAGAGAGGACCCAGUCUAUAGAACAGUUCAGGAAAGGGGAGAAGGAUGUGCUGGUCGCCACAGAUGUUGCCUCAAAAGGUCUCGAUUUUCCAGAUAUCAAACAUGUCUUAAAUUAUGAUAUGCCUGACGAUAUUGAAAAUUAUGUGCAUAGGAUAGGUCGUACAGGCAGAUGUGGGAAAACUGGAGUGGCAACAACUUUUAUAAACAAGGGAGUUGAUGAGACUGUUCUGCUGGAUCUGAAACAUUUACUCAUUGAAGCCAAACAGAAAGUUCCUCCGUUCCUGCUGUCCAUGCAGCCGGAUAAUGAAAAAUAUCUUGACAUCGGUGGAGAAGCUGGUUGUAUGUAUUGUGGUGGUCUUGGUCAUCGUAUCGCUGACUGUCCCAAGUUAGAAGCUUUACAGAACAAACAGGUUGCUGGUAUCGGUCGCCGUGACUACCUAGCUGCCAGUAGUGCCGACUACUGAGAGUUUUCACUAUCAGUUGAUAACGGCUAUUUUGCUAUGUGUAUUUGUCAGUCAAUGAGAAAACAACAUCAGCUGCUGACAAACAGCCUCAGCUACCGACAAACAGCAUCAACUGCCUGGAAACAUAUUUUAUUUUAGUCUUGACAGUAGUGUGAUGCUGCGGGCAGCAUAUUGUGUUGAAUGAAUACUUGUUCAGUACCAGGAUGUUAAUUUGCAAUAAAAUAUUUGUUUACUUUAAAUGUUAUGCUUAUUGUGCACAGAUCAUAAUACAAGUAUGGGUACUUAAACAUUCAACAGAAUAGAGUAGUACGGUGACAGAGAUACGAAAAAUCCUUCAGCAGUGUUGUGACCAUAUGAAAUUUGUGAAACAGUCACCAAUCAGUGACUUUCCUGAAGCUACUGGUAAAUGAAUAGUAUAAAUGUAGAUACAUUUUCAAGAGAAAAAAUAUGACAGUUUCUUUGAUCAUGGUCAGUGCUAUGAUCAGAAUUUGUUACUGAAACGUGGCUUUGGAUUGGUUGAAAAAAAGGUAUGGGGAAACUCUUAAGAGUAAAUUUGUGUCAAAAUCAAUCCAUGCAAUAUUUUCUUUGAAAUUUGGAAUAUUUUACAAGUGUGUGGAUGAAUGCAUGACUUUCUUAUUGUCUCUUUAGAAUAGUAGAGUAGGUGUCAGUUGGCAUUUAACCUCUAUAUACUAUUCAACAAAGAGGGUAGGCGUGUUUGAUAAGAAAUUGUAAAAAAUGGAUUGGUUAAGCCUCUAUAUCUCAGAUGUGUCAGACAUGUUACUUAUUAGAAUCAUAUUUUAAUUGUCAUUUCUCAAUUUUGCGGUAUAUGACAGUCAUUUUCUUAUAAUGGAAGCUUAUUCAAAAAUCUACAGCAGUGCCUGACCCUAAGCACUUUAAAGCAAAGUAAUUUUAUUUUGCCUCUCUCCAGUUUUAUUCUGCAGUAUGAAAUGAUGACUAUAUUGAAAUUGCAUAUAAUGUACAUGUAAAGGCCAAAGGCCUGAAGCAUUUUGUAAAUAAACUUGAAAAGUUGAA